GUGUUGAGAGCCUGCACUGCGCUGAAGGGCGAGAAGGUCACGGACGCGAGGUCGAGGUGAAAAAGCCAGCCUGGGCGCCGCCAAGCCACACGCGCUAGCUGGAUGCGGAAAGAUGGUAUGUGCUCGAUUAGUCAGCCUCUGCGUGUUUGACAGCGGCGACCGACUGCAAACUACGGCACGCGGGCGCAAGACAGUGGACAGUCAAGCCGCCCGACAUGGCCAAAGGCAAACCGCCAAAGGCAAAAGGAGUUCCAAACAAGCAUCUGCACGCCCGGUCCACCUUCCUGUACCAAGCAGCCACGUACCUGACCCUCCACGCUGGAUCUGCGCCCAAGACAACAGAACGAGACACCCUCGCAAACCAGAUGUCUCACUCGGACGAGUCUGUGGCUCAAGGCUAUUCCGGCCUCGCUCUACAGCUUGGAUCUCACCUCCACACGGUCUCUCGAAAAGGACAAGUCAGACUCUCUGUUCAUCUAAAGCGAUCUAUGUGCAAGAGCUGUAAUGCGGUUCUCAUUCCCGGACGCACUUCAUCCCACAGAAUAGAAAACGGCAGCAAAGGGCAAAAGAAGCCAUGGGCAGAUGUUUUAGUUAUCGAGUGUACGCUCUGCGGCGGCAACAAGAGAUUCCCGGUUGGUGCACAGCGACAGCCGAAGAAGUCCGAGCGUGGAAAUCAGAAGAUAGAUUCGAACGGCAAGGACACGGAAACGAAUCAGUCGUCGACUCCAGCAGCCGUGACCGGAACCGAUCAAACAUCUACUCCAGGUUGAAGAGCAGCAGUAUAUCCGGUCGAUUUGUUAUCUUGCCCGGGCAUUCCGGAGGUUCUUCAGAUAUUCGCACCUUAGCAGCGGCCCUACAUGGACAUGUAUGCCCUUCACAUCCUCACCACGAUCUCUAUGCCCACGGAGUCAUUUGCUCCCC